AUGGCGGAGGACCUGGAGGGCACAAUCGCGGCCAAUUCCGCCCUCCGGCAGGAGAAUGAGGCUCUGGCAAGCCUCAUGGAAGAGGUUCACAGCCUUGCGGAGCAGUGGCAAGAAGUUUGCGCCCGUGCGAAGUCGCAGGGCAAGGAGAAAGUGGCGCUGGAGCUGCAGGAACUCCGGCGGCAGCGCGGGGCGCUGCAGCAGCGCUUGAAGGCGCUGGAGGGCGGCGCGAGACCCGUGGAACCGCCCACCGAAGAGCCCAUUGUGGAGAAGCCGGCCGAGCAGCCUGUGGACGACAGGGCACAAAAAGCCAAGCUGGACGAGUUGAACGAGGAGUCGCAGGUCCUUCGGUCACAGAAUCGGGAGCUGAAAGAGGCCGUCGCUCAGGCUCGUGGGGCGAUCCGGCGGAGGAUCGCUCGGCACUCGGCUGAGAACAACGCGCUUGUCUUCGACAAUGAGGCCCUAAGCGAGCUUGUGCAGGAGGUUCAGGAUCUGGCCGAGCGCUGGCAGAGGGCUUGGAGCCGCGUGGCAGAGUCUACCGGCAGUGAUCGCAGACCCAGCAUCGACGCCGAAGUCGAGGAGCUUCGGUCUCUCCGGAACCACGUGCACGGCCGGCUGCUGCAACUGGAGCCCAGGCCCAGCCGCAUGUUGCCGGGUUGUGCCCUGACUUCACCUGCAGAAUCGCGUUCCCCGAGCAUUUGCUCGCCGAUGGCUGCACCGGUUGGUUCGUGA